ACUAAACAAUCCAAAGACAAAGACAGCUUUAAGCUCAGCUUUGCUUUGCAUUGCCGGUCAAGUUAUAGCUUUGGUUUUGCUUCUUUCAUAAAGCGACGAAAAAUAACAGAACACACACCUCUUUCAUUCUUAAUUUAUAAUUUGAGAGAGAGAGAAAAAUACCAAAGCUAUUAUCAUUGUUUUCUUUCACUUUCUCUUUCUUUCCUUGUUUGGAUCGGAUCUGGAAGAGUUCUAAGAAGUAGAGAAGCUCAAAAACAAGGCAAACCCCUCAAAGAAACAGGAAAGCUGUUUCACUUUUCUCUUCAAAGAACAGCUUCUUCUUUCUUUUCUUUUCUUUUCUUUUUUUCAAAUUUCCUUUCUGGGGUUUUCAUUUCAUGAAAGAUUUCACCUUCCACUGCAUUGUUUUCUCUGUUCUAUGAUAAGUUUGUCAGUGAUAGGUUUUGUUGAAUUUGUUCAAUGGAAUCACUUGUAAUUUCUUCAUCAAAGAGUAACCCUCCUUCAACAUCUGGGACUCCUAGGCCAUCUCGGCCUCCGUCUCCGAACCGAUCCGAAAAUGAAAAGACUAUUUCGACAUCCCAUGUAGCUACUCUUAACCAUGGCGUAAGGAUUGUUCGACAUCCCAACGGUUCUAUAGGUUAUCAAAAGCAUUCUUCCAAACCAGCUGAUGGCAAUGUGCAGCAUGAAGAAUUGCCUGAUGCUGCAAAACAAUGUUUCGAUUCGAGUAAAGGGAAAUCCGAGAAAGCGGAAAACAAAUCUUCCUUCAAACAUCCCAUUGAUGAUCACAAAAGUGCUAGUUCAAGUGGUUCAUUGGAAUCUGAAAAAGUUGUGCAGUUGAACAACCAUACUGUAUCUCGAAUGGAACCGAGCUCUUGUCCAAAUCCAGCUUUGAAUAUGUGCACUGGCACACAUUACGCUGAAGCCAAACCAAGUUUCAGCAAUACUGAAGUUAGCGAAUAUGCAAGCAGUGUUGAAAAGUCCGGUGAAAGCGGUGAAGUGAGUAAUUCCUUCGAUUUAGGUGAGAGUAGGAAGACAAGCAUCUAUAGAGAGAGCACUAGUAGUGAUGUUAGCGAUGAAAGCAGCUCGAGUUUUCUAAGCAGUACAGUGUAUAAGCCCCAUAAAGCAAAUGAUAUAAGAUGGGAAGCAAUUCAAGCUGUUCGAUCUCGGAAGGGAGAUUUGGACUUCAAGCACUUCAGGGUGCUGAAGAGACUCGGAUGUGGGGAUAUUGGCAGCGUUUAUUUAUCGGAAUUGACUGGCACGAAGACUUAUUUUGCCAUGAAGGUUAUGGAUAAAGCUCUUUUGGCUAGUCGAAAGAAGCUUCCUAGAGCCCAAACAGAGAGAGAAAUUCUCCAGUCUUUGGAUCAUCCCUUCCUACCUACAUUGUAUACACACUUUGAAACGCAAAAGCUUUCUUGCUUGGUGAUGGAGUUCUGCCCUGGAGGCGAUUUACAUGCUCUCCGGCAAAGACAACCUGGAAAGUACUUUUCUGAGCAGGCUGCCAGAUUUUAUGUGGCGGAAGUUCUACUUGCUUUGGAGUACCUGCACAUGCUUGGGAUUAUUUACAGAGACCUUAAGCCGGAGAAUGUUUUGGUAAGAGAAGAUGGGCACAUUAUGCUUUCAGAUUUCGACCUCUCUCUUAGAUGUUCCGUCUCUCCUACUCUGGUUAAAUCUUCGAACUCAACCCUGGAAUCUAAAAGUUCAGCGUACUGUGCUCAGCCUGCAUGUAUUGAGCCAACUUGUGUGAUGCAGCCAGAUUGUAUCCAACCUGCAUGUUUUGGGCCACGGUUUUUUUCGAGCAAGUCCAAGAAAGAAAAGAAGAGCAAAGUAAAGAACGAAACAAGUCAUCAAGUAAGUCCUCUUCCCGAGCUCAUUGCAGAACCAACAAAUGCUCGAUCGAUGUCCUUUGUAGGCACUCAUGAAUACUUGGCACCCGAAAUCAUUAAAGGUGAAGGCCACGGAAGUGCCGUAGAUUGGUGGACAUUUGGGAUCUUUUUGUACGAACUUUUGUUUGGUAAAACCCCAUUCAAGGGGGCCGGGAACCGUGCAACUCUAUUUAAUGUCGUUGGCCAGCCAUUAAGAUUUCCUGAGUAUCCUAGUGUGAGCUUUGCUGCUAAGGACUUGAUCAGAGGUUUACUCGUAAAAGAACCGCAGCAUCGGCUUGCCUAUAGGCGUGGCGCAACUGAAAUUAAACAGCAUCCAUUCUUUCAAAGUGUGAAUUGGGCUCUCAUUCGUUGUGCAAAUCCACCCGAUGUGCCGAAGCAAGUUGUGAUGGACUGUUCUGCUGGAACAAACUCGGCAAAGGUACCACCAACCAAUGACAAGGUUCCGGGUUUAGAUGUGAAGCCUUCUGGUAAUUAUUUAGAGAUUGAUUUCUUUUGAUUCUCGUAAUCAUUUUCUUUCUUAGAAACAAUGUUUCCAACACCAUGCACCUUCACUUCAAUUGUGCACAACUGGUCUAUAAUCUUUUGCUAAAUCAUUAGUUUCCUUUGAUAGGGA